CUCCUGACAACUUAAAUACAUAGCAGGGCCAAACGCUAAAUAUCAGAUUUAUAUCGGAAUAUCAGAUUUUUUUCGACACAAUACUUUCCCAGUAAACGUAAAAAUGGCUGAGGUCGAAGAAACUCUGAAGAGGAUCCAGAGUCAGAAAGGAGUUCAGGGAAUCAUCAUCGUCAAUUCUGAAGGAAUUCCCAUCAAAUCGACCAUGGACGACCAGAGCACGCUGCAGUACUCCGCUCUGACCCACCAGCUGGUGAUGAAGGCCCGGGUCACCGUGAGAGACCUGGACCAGCAGGACGACCUCACGUUCCUGCGGAUCCGCACCAAGAAGAACGAGAUCAUGAUCGCUCCAGAUAAGGACUACUUUCUGAUCGUCAUCCAGAACCCUUCGGCCUGAAACAUCUGCUGAUCGUCUCUUUACUCCUAAUUGUAUUUAUACAUUUAUUCAUAAAAAUUCCUGUUUGCUUUGCUAAAAGUUCCUAUUGUUUUUGUUUUUUGAUGUAAAGGUAACAGAAUCUGUCUCGGCUGUGAGAUGAUCAGAUGGUUCAGCAGAGAUUGCUCCUUCUCAGUUUGAGCGUUCAUGACCAUCUGGUCUCUUAGCUUUCCUGAUUCUCUGCUGUUUUAUUUCUGUCUUUAUUUCAUUAAUUUGCACAAAAAGAAGACAUUCUUGCCUGUUUAGACACAACUGAAGUUUGAACCAAUUUCUCUGUUUGAUGUUUUCAACAAAAUAAAAAACACAAAUGAUUAAUUUAA